GAUCCAUCACGUGGGGGCGCUACACAUAGAGGCGGUAUUUUUGUAAAAUAAUGUUGAGGCUGGUUAUCAACUAAUUUACUUGAAUCAUGGAGGUAGAAUACUCCGCUUUUUCUUGAGAUUAGGAGUUCAACAAGGGACGGUACCAAAACUUACACAACCUACUUGAUGUGAUUUCUUUUGUCCUUGAGAUGAGUAAGAGGCGACGAGAAAAACAUGACAUCAACCUCACCAGGCCAGACCCAGGAUCAGCCAAAAAGAUGAAAAUCUCAUCACGCAGCUUAAGAAGGCGCAAAGCAGAACCCCAGACAGACAGCAACAUCAUAUCCACUGCUUACGUCAGCCCAGACUGUAGGUCCAAGAUCUACUCAGGGCGACGGAUGCUAAACAAUUCCCAUAGUGAAUCUGACACUGAAAUAAUCUGGGACGGCAACUCGCCCACAGCCCAUUUACAGCGGAGAAUCGGUCGCCAUGGGCGCAAUAAGGCAGGGGAUAUAUCCGAGAUGGUCCAGUGUGUCAACAGUCCCACAGGGAACACUGAUAAUGAUCCUGCAGACAUGCCUCUUCUCGGUUUAUGGAUGAGUCGUAGCCCUAGCCAUCCAGCAGUGGACCUCAGUGUUGUCAGAAAAACCCUAGGUCCAACCGACCAAGAAAGCUCUAAACCCAAGAUAACACGCAGGAAGACAUCGGGCAGGGUGUCCCUCCUCCAAGCAGAGCUAGAGAAAAUAGCCAACGCAAUCAACAAUAGUGUCUCCAAGGAUGCCAUGGGCGGACACAUGGAGGAGAACUCCACAAUUCCUGAAGGACAUCAGGAGCCUCUUUGUACUAAACAACUCCAACAAAAGGAGCCUGUGCAUACUGGACAACAACUCUCUCAGAAACAACUUGUGACCGAAAACGUCAGCAGGGAUAAACCAGCACCAAAUGAUGCCCAACAUGUCUCCCAUCAUCAAGCAAAUACAAGGCAGUUCAUCACUGACCAGUCUGACACUGGAACAUUGUCAAUCUCGCAGUUCAACAGUGGUCACUUAGUUUGUGAUCAGUCAAAUUCUGGUCGACCAGACGUUUCCAAGUCAAAGGUUACUCAAUCAGCCUCCAGUCAGUCAGACGGUAGCAGUUUGAUGACUGUUCAGUCCAGUGCUUGUCGAGUGCCCACUUCCCAGUCUAAGGUUGGUCAGUCAGUCAAUGGUCAGACAAAUGCCAACUCUUUGGUCACUGGUCAGUCCAACACUCAUCGAAUGCCUAUUGCUCAGUCGAAAGUUGUUCAGUCAUUGUCAGGUCAGCCACUUGUUCAGUGCAGUGUUUCUCAACCCAUUGCUUCCAAGUUAAAUUCAGGCUCUUUGCUUGCUGAUAAAUCCGGUACUUCCCAAUCAUCAACCUCUGUGUUCAACUCUGGUCAGUCAGUCACUGGUAAGACAAACGUGGGAUGUUUAGUCACUGGUCAGUCCAGCACUGGUCAAGCAUCUCUUUCCAAAGCCGAUAAUGGUCAAUUGGUCAUUGGUAAGUCAAAUACUCACCGUUUUGCCGCUGGUCAGUCUAGUACUUGCCAAAGAUCUACCUCACAGUCCCUCAGUGGUCAGUCAUUCUCUGGUAAGUCAAAUACUGGCUAUUUGGUGACUGGUCUGUCAAUUGGUCACAAAUCGUCAACCAAUACAGGUCAGUCAGUCAUUGUUGGUAAGUCCCAUGCCGGCCAUGUGCUUAGAGGUCUUUCUAGUACUGGCCAAAUCUGUACAUCUGUGGCCACCAUUGGACAGUCAGUUACCGUUACUUCAAAUGCUGGCACUGUUAUCACUAGUCAGUCAAUUGCUCAUUUAUCGUCAAUUUCUCACUUCAAUACAGAUCAGUUGGUCAAUGUUGGUAAGUCAAAUACUAGUUGUCUUGUCACUGGUCAGUGUAGGUCAGGUCAAACGUCCACAUUUCAGUCCAUUACUAGUCAAGCAGCCCCUGGUCAUUCAAAUGCUAGCCAUCUGGUCACUAAUCACUUAAGGUCAGGCCAAACAUCUAUACCUCAGGUCACCACUGGUCAGGCACUCACUGUUAAGGCAAAUUCUGGCUGUUCGAUUACUUGUCAGUCUAGCACUCAUCAGCCAUCCACAUCUCAGUUAAAACCUGGCCAUUUGACCAGUGACCAGUUAAAUGCUGGCCAUAUGGUCACUGGUCAGUACAAGACUCCUCAGUUGUCUUUGUCACACUCCAGUACUGGUUUUCAGAUCUAUUCAGGCCAUUUGAUGACUGGUCAGUCCAGUAAGGGUCAGUCAUCCACAACUCGGUCUACCGUUUGUAAAGCAGUCACUGUUAAGUCAAAUUCAGGUCAUUCAACUGCAGGUCGGGCCAACAUUGGACGCUCAUUUGUGUUUAAGUCCAAAACCAGCCAGUCACCCCCUGAACAGUCCAUCAACGUUUCCCAUCCCUCUAGCACCAGUCAAGCCAGCACAGGCCACUCGAACUUGGGCCAAGUCUCCUUUGGCCAGUCCAGCUCCAGCACCUCAUCCAGCAAUAGGCUGACAAGGAGUCAGUCAGUCAUGGGCCCGGCAUCAGCUGACUAUGACGACAGUGUGUGGAGUGGCUGUCUAGACGAUGAGACUUUGCUCGAGCAAUUGUCCCAGGCUGAGGCAUUGGAGAAGACCAAUACAACUGGACAGCAAUCCUCAACUGGAUCCUUCAAGCCAAACCCACCAGCCUGUAACAGCAACCAAGCCAGUAAAUUCAACCCUCAGACAGGCAGCACUAAUCAGCCCAAGCUAGUGACUGGCCUCACAAGGUCAGUGGUAGGUACCAUCAGUGCGUCCACAAACGGUACCCUGAAGAAGACAAACACUGAGCCUCUAAUCAAUCAAGAGUCGGCCGCAGACCCAUUUGACGGUAGUCUGACGGAUGACAUGUUGAUAUCACUGUGCACUGGGAUGGACUCACCUCAGCGACAACCGUCUUCUACCGCAGACACCAAAUCUGUUACUGCUACAAGAACCAUUUCAGCAUCUGUCAAGGUGGCCCCAAAAGAUCAUAAAUGGCAGCAAAGCACGUCAGGAUUGACACACUUAUUAUCACAUGACCCUCCAGUUUCAUCAAGGAGUCAUCUCAAACCCAUUGUUCCUCCUGCUCAAACUGGGAAUUGUCAGAAAGUCUGCAGCCAGACUGAAAUUGAAAAGAAGCGACAGCAGGCCAUGGCCCGGCGAAAGAAACAUGGAAAGAGCAGUGGACGCAUGGAGACAUUUAAAGGAGCUGGAGUGCACGGAUGCAUGCCACCUUCAAGGUGAGGUAAAGCAAAGGAUUGGAUGUGCUCCGAAGAGAGAUGGUCAAGGUCCUAUGUUAUUGAGCAAAGCAAGGGCACCUUCUGGACACUUAUGGGAUGCAUAAAAUUGUUGGCUUGUGUUGGAUCCUGGUCCUCUUUGCUGAGAAUUCCAGUGUUGUAGUCGAGACCUCUUAAGACCAUCACAAGACCGUCACAAGAACAUCAGAAGGCCGUCACAAGAAAAUCACAAGACCAUCACAAGACCAUCACAAGAACAUCACAAGACCGUCACAAGACUGUCACAAGACUGUCACAAGAACAUCACAAGACCGUCACAAGAACAUCACAAGGCCUCCAGUCUGACUUCAGAUCAGGAGCUAUUCCAAAUGAGAACUGUAAACGGAGCGAAGCUUUGUCACCCAGCCUGUUAUGUGCGACCGGUCUUCUGUGUGGUUUGGUGAGGGUCUUGACUACAACACUGAAGUGUUCAUCAGUGUUUGCACUUAGCUGAUUGGGAACUGAAUGUAUUCAGAAUUAGUACAUUCACUCUCCUGUAGACUCUCUGUACCAUGCACAGCACAGUGAGCACCAGUAUGAAAUGCAUUGUAUGUGAAAUGGAAAACUAUCAAAAGUUUACAUGUGCUUCCCAUCAAAAGUCUGUUCCUAAUGACGAGACUGCACUUUCUGUUAUACGUGUACAUUAAAUAACCAAUACGGUGGAGGAUGUGUUGUAUAAAUUUUGCCAUUGAAUCAGGUAAAAACAGUUGUUUAAACCACAUUGACUGUUAAAUAUCAAGUGUUGCUUGGCUUCAAGUUCCCAAAUUCAGUUGUUUUGUCUUUAUUUAUAUCUUCGGAGCUAUGGAGAAUGUGUCACUGGAGCAUAAAAUGAGACUUACUGGACUUGUGACAGUAAAUUAGCAUAACUACAUGUACAUUUAAUUUAUUAAGCAUGCAUUUUUGUUUGGUGUAGGUGUGUUCGAUAUUUUAGACAUGAGAAAAAAUGAUGCAAGUGAACUCCAGGAUAAUGAAGUUCUGCAGUUCAGUUCCAUUUAGACUUUAGGCUACUUUGCCUCAGAAAAUAGAGUAGCUAACUUAGCCUUUGAAAAUAAUUGGGUGGCUACUUUGCCUUAGAAAAUAAAUAAAAAAAAAUUGAA